AUGGCUAAAUGGGGUGAGGGUGAUCCGCGUUGGAUUGUCGAAGAGCGGGCUGAUGCCAAGAACGUAAAUAAUUGGCAUUGGAUAGAAAAAAAGGCUACACAGUGGUCAAUUGACAAAAUAAAGGCUUUGCUCACGGGUUUUACCAUAGACACAGAUAAAUGUAAGAAGGUUGUUAUCGGCUACGCUUUAGAUUACCUGGAGAUAGUCAAAGUCAAUAAAUGCGAAGGUGAGGCGGCUGCUAAUAAUCGAAAAGCAAAGUUAAUAAUCUUCUACGAAUGGGCGAUCGAAAUGGAGUGGAAAGGACACAAGAAAAGCGUGGAAAGUCCUUCCAAGGUUUGUGGGACGAUAGCGGUGAAUAACUUGAGUGAGGAAUACUCCCCUGAGGAGUGGGAUUUUGAUGUUUCUUGUCAGUCCACCAAACCCGACGCUAAUGAAGUCAAGGAAUUUCUUCGAACAGAAGGGGUCUGCUACUUACGGAAGCAGCUUCAGAUUUAUAUAACUGAUCUAAAACAUGAGUACGGGAAAGACCUUAUCUUGCCAACAAAGGAUAAGCAGGGUUCUUCCGAUUUGAUAUUGAAGCAAACUCCAAACAACAAAGCACCAGUAGAUGCUCUGUGGAAUUCUGAUAUCAGUUCUACAAAAAAACAUGUGACUUCAGGAGAAGCUGGUACUCAGGAUACUGUGCAGAUUUCACUGCAGGAAGACUUUAUGUGCACACCUGAAGACCUUUAUAAGGUUUUUAUUACAGAAGAGCUCACAAAGUUGUUCACGCGUGGCAACGCUAUUGUACAGUCCACUCCAGGUGGAAAAUACGCAAUUUUCGAUGGAAACGUGUCCGGGAGCUUCAUUGACCUGGAACCGAACAAGAUGAUAUCUAUGAGUUGGCGGAAAGAUAACUGGCCAGAAAAUCACCAUAGUACGGUGAGAAUGGAUUUAGAACAAAUAGACACGGGUACUCGAUUGAAGCUCACUCAGACUAACGUUCCUGCCAGUGACGAGGAGGGAACGCAGUCCGGCUGGCAAACACACUACUUCAUGCCAAUCCAGCAAACCUUUGGCUUCGGUGGGAAAAUUUUCUAA